GUGCAUGUGGUGCGCGAGUUCUGUCGAGUGCCACCGGCGCCGGUGGGCGGCGAGCGUGAGUGCUCCGACUGGGGCCCCGGCGGCAGGUUUAAGGUGUGCCGCAUUAAAUGCAAUCAAGGCCUGCAGUUCUCUCAACCCAUACCCAAGUUCUACGUGUGCGGCGCCGAAGGCUUUUGGCGUCCCAACGACGACACCGACAAACCUCUGGUAUUCCCCUCGUGUGCGCCCAAACACUUGGCUCAACGCAUCUUCCGACUGGUGAUUAACAUCCCGUCGUCUGUCGUUUGCAGCGAUUCCGGCAAAAAGAUACUGACCUCUCGGGUGACCGAAAGCCUCCUCCGCAUCGACAGGACGUGGAAGAUAUGCUCGGAUCAGUCGCGCGGCGCCUGUAAGGGACUCGGCGUUAAUGUCAAGUGCACUAAACAGCAGAACAUUUCGCGUCGGUCUAAGAGACAGUCGUCGGGCGAACAAUCGCAGGACGAUAUGGACGUGUAUUCCGUGGAAAUCGGUUUCCCCGCAAACAUCGAUCCCAUAGUAAACGUCAAUUCCCAGGAAAAGGAUAGUCUCGAGUCAAUCAUACGGCGAGCGGUCGUCGAAAGUGCCAUAUUUGACGUGAGGGACACACUUCCCAACGUCAGCCCCGACCUGCGAUCCCUGCGCCUCAUUACAGAGUACGCGUGUCCGCCCGGACAGGUCGUGAUGGCCGACAGUUGCGUCGAGUGCGGUGUCGGCACCUACUAUGACGAGCCCACACAGUCGUGCGCCAAGUGUCCGAUCGGCACCUAUCAGAACGAGUUGGGACAGUUGGCCUGCAAGAAGUGUGCGCUCAUUGGCGAGCGACAGGGCGUUACCAUCACUGCCGGUUCCCGCGCCGCCGAAGACUGCCGCGAGCGCUGCAAUGCGGGCACGUAUUUCGAUACGGCCCACAACUCGUGCCGGCCCUGCGGUUACGGUCACUAUCAACCCGCCGAAGGAUCGUUUACUUGUAUAUCCUGUGGCACUGGACUCACCACCAGAAGCCAAGAGGCCAUCGCUCGCCACGAGUGCAGACCUGAAUGUAUGGCCGGUUUCCAACUGUCUUCGAACGGCAAUUGCGAGGCCUGUCCUAUCGGUCACUACCGGACCAGAGGUCAGCCAUCGUGCGAACCCUGUCCGCAGGGAUUCACCACCGGCUCAAUGGGUGCCUCCACUCCAACGCAAUGCAAUCUCGAGAUCUGUUCAGUUGGCCACUACUUGAACGUAACGGUUGACGAGUGUGUCCCCUGUCCUAAAGGCACUUACAUGGAUGUCGAGCAACGCGACCACUCGUGCCAAUCUUGUCCGCCCAACUCGACGACCGACGGCUUGGGCCACACCAGUCAAGACCAGUGCAGCAAUCCCUGCAUAAUCAACGACAAGAUGGAGUUGUGUCCGCCCAACAGCCAGUGCGAGGCGCCCUCGGGUUCGGGCGAAGACUUCCGGUGCGUGUGUAAGGAUGGCUUCAAAGAGAUCAUGACAGCCGCAGAG